AUGUCUCACGAUAGUAACAGUAUCGAGCUGGAGCCUUCGGGCAAACAGCAGGCUGUUCCUGUGAGCGUCGAUGCAUCAGCCAGACCAGCCGAGGAAAGUGGUAUCUACAGCGUCACAAGAACUCGCAAAGUGUUCUCAUUCUCACAACUGUUUGCAUUCUCAUUGACAUACAUGGCGUUAUGGGAGGGCAUGUGCUCAAACAUGUAUUUUGCUCUCUUCAAUGGCGGCCCACAGACCUUCAUCUUCAGUUUCAUAAUUGUUUUCUUCGGCGCCAUCGCCCAGGCUGCCUCACUCGGAGAGAUGGCCUCCAUCCAACCUGUGGCUGGUGCCCAAUAUCACUGGACAUAUUACAUGGCUCCCACUUCUGUCAAGCGAUUUGCGACCUGGAUCCAAGGAUGGGCGACAUGGUUCGGCUACAUCUCCCUGUUAGCAGCCAUCGCCAACGUCACCAUUAUUCUUCUCGAGUCGAUGAUCAGUAUCAACCAUCCCGAAUAUGUUGCUGGCGGUUGGCACACAUCUGUGCUUGUCAUCGCCAUGUGUCUUGUCCAUGGGCUGAUGAAUGUGUACGCCUUCAGGCUCAUCCCUUGGAUCGAGUUGGUCGCUGGUGUCCUCCACGUCUGCCUCUUUGUCAUCUUCGUCGUCGUUCUUGUUGUCAUGGGCCCUCGGAAUCCUUCUUCGUUCUGGCUGCAGCGUAACAUCUCUUCUGGGUGGGAGCAGAAUGAGUAUGUCUCUUGGAACUUGGGCAUGCUAACUUGUGUCUGGAGUUUCACUGGCUUCGAUAGUGCUAUCCACAUGUCAGAGGAGACCCGCAAAGCCAAGUCCGCUGUACCUAGAGCUAUGUUCUGGUCGAUCUUCAUGAAUGGAGUGCUUGGGUUCAUCAUGGUAAAUGUCCUCAUCUCUGCCAUGGGUUCUGUCGACGACAUGCUUCUCCAGCCCAGUCAGAUCCAAGCUAUCCUUCUCAACGCCACUGGCUCCAACAAGGCGACCACUGCCAUGAUCGCCGGUCUUUUCAUCAUCUCCUUCAGCGUCAACCUGGCAAACAUCGCUUCAGUUUCUCGUCUGACAUGGGCUUGGGCCCGUGAUGGUGGCAUGCCUGGAUACUUUGCCUACGUCAGCCCCAACCAUCGUGUACCUGUCAGAUCUGUCAUUCUCACUGUCUUCCUUGUUUGUGCUCUGAAUCUGCUGAACAUCGGAAAUACCUCGUAUGUUGCUUUCGGUGCCAUCACCUCUUUGUCGUCUUUGGCUCUGUACAUCAGCUAUGCCAUUGCCAUUGCAAGCAUUAUCUACGUUCGUCUGUCCGGGUCAACACUCAAGCUUGGAGAGUGGAACCUCGGCCGAUUCGGUUUGGGUAUUAAUGUUUUUGCGCUCGUGUACACUCUCUAUGUCAUCAUCUUCCUCCCUUUCCCAUCGACACUUCCCGUCACCAGCGAGAACAUGAACUACUGUGGGCCAGUGAUGGUGGCCGUUUUGGCUGUUGCUGUUGGUCUAUGGUUCACUCAUGCCAGAAAGAACUGGGCCGGGCCUAACCUAACUAUACUUGAAUUCGUGGUUGCGAAUGCAUCGGAGUAG